CUUCUCCAGGAGCUUGGUGUGGAGUUUGUGGGGAGACGUCUGAAUCGGAUAAACUCGGGAGGUGCAAGGGCUUGCUGAUCUGCCCACUAUUGGGGGCUGCAGAGCUUCCUCCCCUAGGGGGUCCCUGGUGCCCACAAUGUUCCAGGCUCCUCUGGUGGCUGGCUCCUGGAACUUCAGGAGAUGUGGGGCCUCGCCUCCUCAGGAGGAGCUCCUGGGCUGCCCCUUCACCUUUGGGGGCUUCCUCGGGUCCUCAGCAGGCCACACCUUUGAUGUUCCCAUGCAAGCUGAUGCAUGCACUUCUGCCUUUCUGCUCUCCAAAGGAAAGGUCAAAUCCACAAGGCUAGGUCUGAGGGCUGCAGACUGGCUCAGCUGUCAAGGAUCAGGGCAGACCCCCUGACUAGCCUGCCCUCUGAUGGAAAAUCAAGUCCUCCUCCCAGCAGUAGACGCCUUUGCCAUGAACCAGCCUGCCUCCGCUGUCCCUCCUCCGCCCCGCCGCAUACGGCUGAAGCCCUGGCUGGUGGCCCAGGUGAACAGCUGCCAGUACCCGGGGCUUCAGUGGGUCAGUGGGGAAAAGAAAUGCUUCUAUAUCCCCUGGCGCCAUGCCACGCGGCACGGCCCCAGCCAGGAUGGAGAUAACACCAUCUUCAAGGCCUGGGCCAAGGAGACAGGAAAGUACACCGAGGGGGUGGAUGAGGCCGAUCCGGCCAAGUGGAAGGCCAACCUGCGCUGUGCCCUUAACAAGAGCCGUGACUUUCGCCUCAUUUAUGAUGGGCCCCGGGACAUGCCGCCUCAGCCCUUCAAGAUCUACGAGGUCUGCUCCAAUGGCCCCACUCCUGCAGAGUCACAGCCCAGUGAGGAUUACACUCUCGGUACAGGAGAGGAGGAGGAGGAGGAAGAGGAAGAGCUCCAGAGGAUGUUACCAAGCCUGAGCCUCACAGAAGCAGUGCAGCCUGGCCCCCCCAUGGCACCCUACUCUUUACCCAAAGAGGAUGUCAAGUGGCCACCCACUCUCCAGCCGCCUGUGGUGCUGGGUCCCCCUGCCCCUGGCAACCCUGCUGACUUUGGGGAGCUGCUUUCUGAGGUCCUGCCGAGCCCGCAGCAUGGGACCCUGGCUGCCAGCCUGCCCCCCACAGGCGAACAACUCCUGCCCGACCUGCUGAUCAGCCCUCACAUGCUGCCUCUGACCGACCUGGAGAUCAAGUUCCAGUACCGGGGGAGGCCACCCCGGGCCCUCACCAUCAGCAACCCCCAUGGCUGCCGGCUCUUCUACAGCCAACUGGAGGCCACCCAGGAGCAGGUGGAGCUCUUUGGCCCUGUGAGCCUAGAACAAGUGCGCUUCCCCAGCCCCGAGGACAUCCCCAGCGACAAGCAGCGCUUUUAUACCAACCAGCUGCUGGAUGUCCUGGACCGCGGGCUCAUCCUCCAGCUACAAGGCCAGGAUCUGUAUGCCAUCCGCCUGUGCCAGUGCAAGGUGUUUUGGAGCGGGCCCUGCGCCUCAGCCCAUAGCUCACACCCCAACCCCAUCCAGCGGGAGGUCAAGACCAAGCUCUUCAGCCUGGAGCAUUUUCUCAAUGAGCUCAUCCUGUUCCAGAAGGGCCAGACCAACACCCCCCCACCGUUUGAGAUCUUCUUCUGCUUUGGGGAGGAGUGGCCUGAUCGCAAACCCCGAGAGAAGAAGCUCAUCACUGUACAGGUGGUGCCUGUAGCAGCUCGGCUGCUGCUUGAGAUGUUCUCAGGGGAGCUUUCUUGGUCGGCUGAUAGCAUCCGGCUACAGAUCUCAAACCCAGACCUCAAAGACCACAUGGUAGAACAGUUCAAGGAGCUCCAUCACAUCUGGCAGUCCCAGCAGCAGCUGCAGCCUGUGGCCCAAGCCCCUCCUGUGGCAGGCCUCAGUGCUGGCCAGGGGCCCUGGCCCAUGCACCCAGUCGGCAUGCAGUAAUGCGGCUGCAGACAGUGACUGGCCCAGGCUUCCAGGGUGGCUGUGCAGACUGAUGUGGAGGUGCGAUGGCCUCAGUGGGCACCUGGUGGGCGGGAGGGUCCUAUCUCUGGGUCCUCUGGAAGUGGAUCUGGGUCACGAAGAAGAGGGAAAAGAGGCCCGAGUUCCAGGUUCUCCUCAGAAGCUGACGGAAACUGGAAACCAGUUUUGCUUUGAGGACUCUGUCUUCCUGGAUAUGCCUCUCCUGGGCUGGCUGUGGGGGAACUGGGGGAACUGAGCGCACCAGUGAGGAGGGAAGGAACUCUCCCCGACUCCAGGGGGCCUAGUUGUACAGAUGGAGUUGCCCCAGAGUGACCCAUACUUGUGGAUGCCCCCAUUUCUUCUGGCAAAAAGAGCCAAGUGCUGUGGGUCAGGUCUCCCUGGCAGGUCCUCUGCAGGGCAUGGACCGGAUAUUGGGGUUCCCUAGCUUGAGCCCCACUUCCUCAUCUUUCUUCCUCCAGAGAUAGAGAUGAGCACUUAGGUAUUACACCAGAUACUUAAGGCUGGCAGCUACCUCCCUUCAGAGUCCAAGAACCUGGGGUAGAAAGUGGAAUUUUACAUAUUUUUGGAUUAAUAAAUAUUAAAAAACAGACUCAGCUAUUAUUUUCCAGUACCGGUUGCUCCCAUGCUAUUCUACUAGACCGUAUGUCUCAUACCAGCUGGCCCUCUUUGCCCCAGCCCCUGCCCUCCUGCUCUGGGGCCGCUGACACAGGGAGGGCUUGCCUUCCAGGCUGAUGAGUCAGUGGGGCCUUCAUAAGCACUCAGCUGGCUGGCUUUGCUUUCCAGAAGAAAGCCGGCUGAAGCAAGGGCGUGGACUUUUAAAUGUGUGCAGAGUCUAAAAUCCUGUCCAAAUCAAUUCCCAUAAGAAAUGGUGAAAAAGGAAAGGCUGAAUUUCAACUAGGGACCAUUACAAUCUGUUACCCUCAUGUAUAUUCAUAUGCUAUUAAAUAUAUUAGAACAAUGCAUACAAAUAGGUAGCUCACUCUUUGAAUCUGGCUCAUAGAUGUAAUUUUCUGACCUGAACAAUUCUGCUCUUAUCUUUUUAUUAGGGGAAGUUUUAAACGUUUGUGAAAGUAG